AACUUGAUAUACUUAAUUUUAUUUCUAACACUUUUGCUUAGUCUGAGCAAAAACAAUUAUAAGGCUUUUGUCAUAAAUUAUACACCUACAAGUGUAUGUACAUACAUAUUUCUGUACAUAUGUACAUUUAUUUUACGAAGCACACAAUGCAAGGUCUGAUGCCUGAUUCAGAGAAUGAUAAUGUGCAAAGCAAAAUAUCAGUUUGAAAAGCUUCGCGACGUGUGGCGGUUGUUGUAGUCGAGCAAAACAAAAUAUGUACAGACAUAUGUUUACGUGAAACGGACCUUGUAAUUUUAUGAAUGAAGGAAAUUUUACUUCAAUAAACAAUUGUUUUAUUUAAUUAUCAGCAUCCAACUUGUAACGUUAAACAAGGUCUAAUAAGGGAUUGGUAACGGAUCAUUUUUCAGUUUUUAAUUAACUAAAUCGACGUUUUUGAGUGCUUAGAGAUCAACUUGAUUCAAUGGUUCAAAUGACCUGUUGCUGUGGAACACAAAAUUGUGGCCAGGAUGAAACCUAUCAGAGGUUCAAAAAUGACGAUGCCUCAUUUUACGAAUAUGCAGAUGCUUUGCCAAAAUAUAGCAACGAUCAAAUUGGGAAACUGAGCGAAGGGAUUAGUUUCACCGUAACCGGAAAUCUUUCAGUAAACUGCGAGAGGUUCUCCAUCAAUCUUGUUUAUAAGAAUGAUUCGCGAGAUGUGGCGCUCCACAUCAAUCCACGGUUGCCACAAAACUAUAUUGUUCGCAACACCAAAGUACAGGACAUUUGGGGAAGCGAGGAAGUGUCCUCGGCAUUGCCGUUUCUUCUGAGUCGGGGCGAGGAGUUUUCUAUCCAAGUGCUAGUUACUGAGGCAUGCUACAUGAUAUCGGUAAACGGACAACACUUUGCAGAGUACACUCAUCGAAUCCCCUAUGAAGAUGUCCGCAUUCUGGAAGUGAAAGGAGAUGUUAGUAACGUGGAAAUGAAGCGAUCUUUGGUCUUAAAGUAUCCUCAACGGUUACCGCAGUCGGAAGCUAAAAACAUUGAGCUUCACAUAGAUGAUGAGAUUAAUGAAAUUGACGCCAGCGUUGAGGAGACUAUUAAAAUACCUCAUGAGUGGUGCCUUAUUAGCGCCCCGAACACACAGUCGGACAGUUCGCCAAAGAGUAACCUCAGUUCUGGUGAUCUUGGUCUAUCCUUGCCUUAUUAUGGAGCACUGCCACCAAAUUCGUUGGUCGAAGGUCGAUGCCUAAAAAUUGAAGGGCGAGUGCGAUUGCUUCCACACUCUUUUUACAUUAACCUGCAACAAGGGCAGGACAUUUGGCCACAUCCAAUAAUAGCAUUCCACCUAAACCCACGUUUUUCAAAAGCGAGCAGCGGCGCUAUUGGAAAGGCGGUGGUGUGCAGAAAUGCCUGGCUUAAUGGAGCUUGGGCACAAGAGGAGCGUUCGGAGUUUGAUACAAACUUUCGACCUGGUCGGUCUUUUUGUUUAGCCAUAGUUUGUACCAAGACAUCUUUUGAGGUGUAUGUCAAUCGGCAGUUUAUGACUGAUUUUAAAUAUAAGGUUAGCCCAGCGGUGGUUGACACCGUCUACAUACAAGGAGAUGUUAAACUUUGGAAUGUAACGCUGGAAAAAAAUCACCUGAUUAAGGGCAAAAAUGUCCGAGUCUAUCAGAAUCCAAUGUACUCUAGUGAGUAGUAGCUGUUUCUGAAGAAUUCAAUUUAUCUUUGGUCAGGUUUUUUUUAGUAAUUGAGCGACAAUAAAAAAGUGAUACACUCGUGUUUUUAGUUAUAGAAAAUUUAUGUUAACAAAUAAAAUUAUGCGAUUUUCAUUAUUCUUACCUAGA